UGAAUCAGGUUUUGUUGGAUUGAUCAAUCAAGCUAUGACAUGUUACUUGAAUAGCCUCUUGCAAACACUUUUUAUGACACCAGAGUUUAGAAAUGCACUUUAUAGAUGGAAGUUUGCAGGAACUGCAGCAGAGGCAUCAAAAAGUAUCCCAUACCAACUUCAGAGGCUUUUCUUAAAACUCCAAACAAGCAAAAAAAGAGCAGUAGAGACGACUGAUUUAACAAAAAGUUUUGGGUGGGAUAGCAGCGAAGCAUGGCAACAGCAUGACGUGCAAGAGCUCUGCAGAGUGAUGUUUGAUGCUUUGGAAGAAACGUUGAAGGAUACAGACCAGAACUAUACAAGUCUUCCCAAAGCAGAUAUUUUUGCACUUGGACUGACUGUGUACCUUGCUGCAGGUGGACCUGAUUUGCCAAAAAAUGGUCCUUGGUGGCAUGAAAUAAGGAAUGGAAAUCUGCUAACUUUGCCAAACUGUUCUUUGAAUUUAAACGAAUUAAUAAAGGUUAUGAUAAACAAAGACCCGAGCAGUCGACCUUCGGCAGCCUCUCUUCUUUCACAUCCGACGUUAUGUCCCAACGCUCUCAAAUCAAAGGCCCAACUGCGCAAAGAAUUGAACGCUGAAAAGUUUAAAAACGAGAUCCUAUCAAGGGAGCUUCAGCAGGCCAGGAAUGCGGUUACAAAACCAAGUAAUGACCACGUUUCAUCAAAUUUAUCGACGACGCGGAGCUCAAGAAUAGUCGGUCAGAAAGUGAACCGCAGCAUGAGUUUAAGCAUGAUAAUGUAAUAAAGAAAAUUUCUUGUGCUAUGCUUUCAUGGAAUUCGCCUUACGAUUUGUGACGGCAAGCUUGGAUCAAGAUAAUAUAGAUAUUUUGAUGGCCUCGCUGAAACUCAGACUGCCAAACGAUUCCCUAGCCGUGAUCGCCUGCUACACAAUGUUGUCAAUUGCUGCGUUUCAGUAAUAGUGUAGUUUUGCAGGCGUGAUUCCGCUUUUUAUAUUCGGGUUUCUUGGUAUUGUGAAAUGAGCUGGAUGAAACAGGACAUAAGUGGCUAUUUAUUUUUCAAGAUUUUUUUGCGCUUUAUAAUUUGCUCGUAUGCAAAAGCCUAGGAGAACCUUUCAGUUUAUGGUAUGUGUAGUCACUAUUAAAAUUCGGUUUUAUUCUGACGCUUAAAUAUUCCGUUUUGUUUUUUUUAUUUUAUUAGCUAACAGUCCAUUCAUUUUAAAACAAAGUAGUUUUGCUUUUAUCGACGAAUUUUUGUUUCUAUCGUAUAUUUUUAAUAAUUUUUAAGAAAUUUUAGAUGAUGCAUCCUCCAAUUAAUUCUGCUACGGUAAAUUUCCUUGCAAGGUCAUCAAUAUAUUUCCACCCUGUGUUACUAGGUUCGUUUGAAAUACUUUUCUUCGGAAUUCCUUUUCUGAAUUUACCAUGAUAAGUGAAACAGCUAUUUUUCCAUAUUUUGUCAAAGAAAUAUAAUUUUCAUACAUAUAUUCAGUUGAAUAUUUCAGUUAAUCGUUUAUUAUUGCAACAAUAUUUUGACCUUGUUAAUGUUUUCUUGCCUUCUUUAUUCAAUUUGUUUAACAUGAAACCCAAUAUUUGUAACUACAUCAAAUACUUCUUACGUCAAAACGUUGGAAAUGCCGCAAAUAUCUAAGAUUAAAGUCUUUUCUCCAUUUCUAUCUUUGAAUUUUUUUCCAAUUUCAUUUUCUCAAAUAUACAUGAAAGUAUUUACAUGUAUCUAUAUUUUUAGUAAAAAUGUAUAUAAUUUUAUAAUAAUUAGUUUGAAAUUUUUAAUGAGAUUGAUACUUUUAGAUAAUUAACCCUGAAGUGUUUUGUUGAUAUAAUCUACUCAUAAAAUUAAGCCCUAAUUUUUUUUUAAAUCGACAUAGAUCUGGAGGAAUGCAGUAGCAAUGUCUCCUAGAUCUACACAGAAUGAUUUAUCAGACUGAUUUUUCUCUACCAGAAAAUGAACCCAGAAAAUGGCAAAAACAACUUACUAUUAUAAAACCACACUGGGAAGGGGAUGUAUUCACUUUAUUUCACCCACACAAAGCCACAAGAUCAUUUCUUAAGACAUUUUUGAGCAUGUAACCCUUUAAUUACCCUGUCAUAGACAAAGUAGGGACCGGAAGACACGUGUCCAUUCACCUUUCAGCCAGUACGGAAAGAUAAGCGUGGCAUAAUUUGUUGGUGCACAGCUUGGUGCACAAUAAAUAAUUCUGUCUUUGCUGUACAAAUAAUUCAGAUCUUGAAUGGUGCACAGAAAGUCUUGAAGAAUUAUAUUCUAGUUAAAUUGACAAGCGGACUUGGAAGGGGCAGCAAAAUCACAUUACUGGGCUCGAGUUGACAGCAUUAUGAGACUAAAACGCACUAAUAUGCCUCCUACGUCUGUGUAUCGAUUUAUUUCGAUUUAUUUAAUAAGUAAUCUAUGAAGUUAUUAGAUGUUAUUAGAGAAUUUGAGAGAGGUUUGGUAUCAAUAUCAACAAAAAGCCAACUUAAGUCAUUGGGGGGUAGGGGGAGUCAAGCUUGCCCUGCCACGUUCUUGGGCAGAACAUGAACUUAGCGAAAUAAUUUUAGAAUGGAAUUUUCUCUAAAUGUUCUAAUGGAAUUUUCUUUGAUGAAUUUAUACAACCGUAGCCUCGUUAUCGAUUAGGCUGUUAAGUACUUCAGGUAACCAAUUUUGUGCCUGACCCAACUUCAGCAAAGAGGUUCUCUGUCCACAACUUCGGUCCUCCUUAAACGAUAAAUUGAGUUGGCAAGCUAUUUGAAGAUGCUAUGAAAACGAAAGGACGAUGAACACAAUUAUCUGAUCUUUUUACAAAUAAUGGCUCCCGGCAAAAAGGACCUUAAGGAAGAAAACGUUUUGAUGUCAAGCUUAGUCCCACUUGAAAAGCGAACAAAUGAAAGUAAACUGAAGAUUGUCUGCGUUGUUAAAGAUGAAACAAAUGCAGAUGGAAAUUGCAGAGAAAUAGUUCAAAAUCUAUGCGGUGAUACCUCAGUGAUGAAAUUCUAUGAAUUUAUUGCAGAGACAGUUGGCUAUGUCGUACAGUCAUUUUCUUUGGUGUUUUUGAAACCUACCUCAGAUGGAAAGAGUUUUGAAGAAGUCAUCCUUGAAAACGAAAGUUGCACUACUUUGGCAGAAGUUGUUGGAAAAUCAAAAGGGAAAAGAAGUAAUUUUUUGAUAAAAAGAAAGAAUGGCAAAAAUCCAGUUAAUAGGAUACAGCAUCCAACGGACUCAGAGGAAUCUUCUGAAGGAAAUACAUAUGCAGGAGUCAGUAGCCUGUUUAAGACUGAGACAAGUUUCACUAUCCCAACUGUUGCAAAGUCUGAAUCAGGUGAGGUUUAAAAUUUUUUAAAGAAAUUUUCCAAAAAGGUACUGUUCCUCCAGGUUUUGAUUUGCUUGAUAUCAGUGCCAUUAUUAUCAGGGGCGAAACUACUGGGGGGUAUGGGGGGGGGUGCUGCACCCCCCCAAUCUUCAAAAAAGCAGAUUUUGUCGGGCAAAUUUAUGGCUGCCAGCGUAUCUGUCGGGCAAAUCUGGAAAUUUUCUUUAGGUUGCACUGUUAUUGCUACUUUUUGCCCUAGGUUGGUUUUUUAAUUCAUGGUCUUUUCCCCCAUCUCUUUUUCAAUCUCCUCCCAGUUGGGAAAACAAAACAGAAACGAGGCAAGGAACAGCAACAUAUAUACAUUUCUGUCUUUCGUCCUCCACCGAUCAGCGCUUUCGUCUGGAGCUCAACGCGCACAUGUUUAUCUUCGCCUUGAGAUGAAGUCUGAAGUAUUGAUCGACAGCAAAAGUAUAGACGGAAAGUAAAGUGUGUUUGAUGCGAGAAGGAAAUGAAUACUGUGCAUACCCAUCCCCCCUACUUUUUGCAAAACAAGUGAGCUUUUUUCAAAAUCUUUUGUUGUGAUUUCUAAAUUUUCCCUUGAAAAGCCCCCCCCCCCAACGUUCCAUCCUGCCUCGGAGCCCAUAGAACACUGACAGUUUUAGAAGCAUCAUGAAUCAAAGCAUGGAGGAUAUACCAUCUCGGAAUACGUUAUUGAGAAAAUCAAUCAAUAUUUUCUUUUCCAAAUGUAUGAAACUUUCAUUCAUGAAAUCAUACAUGUUUUAGAGAUUUAGGUCAGGACAUUUGAAGAAGACAUCAUUUGGGUUUUUAAACAUUUCAUAACAUCAACAGGAACAUAAUAAAACUAUUUACAAUAAACAUGAUCAAACGUGAACACCUUUUCAUUACAACGUGGCGUGAACAACUG